GGAGCUUCUACCGUGAGGCGAGGAGCAGUUUGGAAGAUAUUAUAAACUGUCACGUUUCGAGCAGACUGCGUAGGUGGAUCUUGUAGUGAGAUUUGUGUAUCCUGCACAUGUAGUACAUGAUCCAGACACGUAGCCUGAAGGCUGCACUGCAACAAUGCCAGAGUCCUCGCUGGUCAAGGACAUUCGCCGCAGCUCUGUUGAAUGUAGAACAACCCCCUUGAGGAGGUUCAGCCAAUCAUCGCUGGCACUGCACAAGAAUUCCUACAUGCACAGUACCUUCUGCACAGAGCACAACGUGCAAGAAUGUCUAUCACACAUCAGUCAAGAGGUGUCAUCUCUGGGCCUUCCAACAGUUUGGACGGAGUUGGGCAGCAACUUAGAAUUGAAUGUUGUGGCUGUGCUAAAUUGCAUGUAUGACCUGAUUCAGCUGCACCACAGGGGCCUCCGCACUUUGGAAAACAUGGAAGUGGAGCAGCUUAAGUUAAGCAGCAAUUUGGACUGUCUGCAGCUCACCAGCACCCGGCUAAAAGAGCAGCUUGAACUUUCUAAAAGGGAAAACACCGGACUGCUUGAGAGAGAGCGACAGCUACAGUUGAAAGUGAAGAGCUUGCAGAACUGCCUGAAGAAUGAAAAAGAAGAGGUGCAAAAACUUCAGAACAUAAUUGCAAGCCGGGCCAGCCAGUACAAUCAUGAGAUGAAAAGGAAAGAAAGAGAAUUUCACAAACUGAAGGAGCGACUCAAUCAGCUUUUAGUUGACAAAAAGGAGAAGAAACAAGCCAUUGAUGUAUUGAACAACAUUGGACGAGCUGAUGGGAAGAGAAGCCUUUGGAAAACUGAAAAGACAGAGGCAAAGCAUGAGGGAGAGAUGUAUAAGGCUCUGCUGAGUGACUAUGACAACCGACAGAGGGAACUGAUGCUUGAAAAUGCAGAGUUGAGGAAAGUGUUGCAGCAGAUGAAAAAAGACAUUGUCUCCAUUCUAAGCACAAGGAAAACACCUCUGAAAGGGGACAAACAUGAACAUGGUGUGAUACAGGCUGACUCAGAGGAGGAAGAGGAAGUGUUUGAUUCCAGUAAGGAAAGUGUAGAGCUGUUUUGUGUUCACGCCCGGGAGAAGCUGACAAAUAGUAUUCGCCUCCAGUGGAGACGACUCAAGAGCCACGUUGAAACGCUGGACAGUCAAGCAUCUUUGGCACAGAUGGGUGAGAGUAAAAACACUGAUGCUGUUUCCCAAGAGACUCAUGAGGAGGAGAUGGACAGACUAAAGCUGGAGAUCCAGCAGUGUAAAGACUUUAUUCAAACACAACAGCUCCUCUUGCAACAGCAGCUGAGCUCUCCAUGUGAUGAGGAGACAGCAUCCCUGCUGAAUGACUGCUUCAUGCUGCAGGAGAAAGACCGCCUAAAAGAGGAGUGGAAGACGCUAGAGGAACAGAGAAAGAACUUUGAGAGGGAGAGGAGGAACUUCACUGAAGCAGCCAUCAGACUGAGCCAUGAGAGGAAGGCCUUUGAGGAGGAUCGUGCAGUGUGGCUCAAACACCAGUUUCUAAACUUGAGUCCAUUUGCUGACUCAAAGAAACCUAAGAUGUCAAAGUCAAAAAGUGCCUUUCAAAUAUCUGCAUCAGAGCAGAGUACAGUGUCAGCUCCAGAAAAGCUUGUCAAAUGCCCGUCUGACACAUCCUCCCCCUUGCCCAGAUGCGCACCCCUCACAUCAUCGUCCACAGCAGACCUGUAUCGCACACUCUGCCUUAUCCCAGAAAACUGCUCAACGAAACCAAAGACAGAGACUGAACGUGUUGAAGAAAUAAGCAUCUUUUGUAAUGGAAAUGUUCCAGUGCAGCAGCACGAACAGUGGAGGGACAGUGAAGACCACAGCAGCCACACACUCACACGGGAAAAGAAAGUCUCUAUAUGACUCCAAAAACUUUUAGCAUUUGAAUCAGGAUUAAUGGGAAUGACCAUUACUCAUGAAUCAUUUGGGGUAUUACAGUAAUACACCUGAAUGGUAAAUGCCAAACACUUGAAGAUAGAUUGUGAAGUGAUUAAAUAGCUGUUAACAGUCAGAGCUAAACAAGUUCUGGUCAGCUGCUGGUGUCCUGUGUAUUGUGUAACUGAGAGAAAAUUUGUCAUUGUUUUUUUUAAAUUUAAAUUAUGAUACAAUUUUUAUUUAGAUUAUGUGAUACAAUUAUUUAUUUAUGUGGUACUGUAAGUGUUUUGGAAGUCUUUUGCCUAGGAUCUUAGCAAAGUUGGUGUGUAACACAAAAUCGCGUAUCCCAGUAAUCAGAUGUUGCUGGGCUCUGCCUGUCUCUUGCACCUAAAAUUACUUAAAAUCACACCUUUUCAAGUUAUGUUAUCAUGUUAAACUUGUCAUUUGGUGCACUAUUGUAGACUGUAAAGUUAAUGCUGCUGUUUCACUGAAUGCAAUAAGAGACCUGGUAUAAUAAGAAGUAUGUUCCUGUAGUUCAAUAUAGAAAUGUGGCUGACAAACAAAGUUGAGCUCUUGUAAUUGUUGCAGUUACAUUAGUAGUUGGUACUGUUUCAGUUAAAUAGGAAAAAAGGCUGUAAUUUUUAUCGCAAAUAGCAUGUAGUAUAACUCCACUGAAGUUAGACCACUGUGGUGUCAACAUGAAUGUAAAUUUCAUUCACUAUUUUUUAAAUUCAUGUUUUUGUUAUUAAGGCUUUAUAUUAACAGGCCAGAAUAGCUCUUACAACAGAACAUUGACAUGUGACAUGAUGUAUUUUAGAUAAUCCUAUAUUCUUGAAAUAUAUUCUUGAAACAUU